UCUCAUCUAUCUCUCUCUCGCCUCCUCAUCAUCCCCUCCUUAGCAGCAGUGGAAUGAGCAGACUGAGGCGGGGAGAUGCCUUACGUGGAUCGGCAGAACCGGAUCUGUGGCUUCCUGGACAUCGAGGAGAAUGAGAACAGCGGCAAGUUCCUCCGACGCUAUUUCAUCCUGGACACCAGGGAGGGUAGCCUGGUGUGGUACAUGGACAACCCACAGGUAGGGCAGCAGGGGAGUACACACACACACACAGAAGCAGACAGAUGCAGACACAUGCACACAGAACAGACACACACACACACACACCCUGGGAGGUGUAGUUCUUGACUACAUACAUUUCGCAGUGGAUAUCAUGAGUUGGGCUAUGAUGCUCUCACUACCCUCAACAGUCAUCAUUCUAUAAUGUCUGUGUGCUUAACACAUGCAUUUAGGCUGAUGUCAUUACUUGAAUGGGCAGCAGCUGAAACGGACUCAUGUACUUACUGUAUGCACUGUAGUAGGACAGUAGCAGUAGGAUGGAUUGAAUAGCUGCUUGUGUUUGGACUGACCUAAUCUCAUAAAGUGUUGGACUGGAUUGAUCUGUCUGGUCUGGCCAGACCACUCUGAGCCAUCAAGAAGAAAUGUGUGUGUCAUCCGCUGGGGAGAUGAUGUUACGUCUGGGAUAACCGAGUCCAGUUACAGGUCUGCCCAGCCGUCCGUUGGUCCAUUCGUCCGUCUACCAUCUCUUGUGAUGUGUGUAGGUCUCAUGACCGGCUCAUGAGCAACUUAAUCUCUGAACUUCUCCUGGCAUUUUACGCUCCUGCUAUAUAAGGUAUAGCUGCUUUACAGUUGGCACUGUAUGAUAGGAGAGUAGUGCUCUAUAGCAGGGGUACUAUUUGAGAAGGUCCGGUCACACAAAUUUCCUUGGUGGCAAAGGUCCGGAUGGAUAAUGUAAUUUAUCGGUUUAGUAACAAACCCCCACCUCGCAACCCAUGCGACCCCAAACUGUUCACACCACUCGUGCUGGCGGAGAGAAAAUGUUGCAGUGGUCCUUUGUAGCUCAAUUGGUAGAGCAUGGCGCUUGUAACGCCAGGGUAGUGGGUUCGAUCCCCGGGACCACCCAUACGUUAAAAAAAAUUAUGCACGCAUGACUGUAAGUCGCUUUGGAUAAAAGCGUCUGCUAAAUGGCAUAUUAUUAAAGCUAAUUUCCGGCAAUUCUACACAUUUUGCAUGGGGCAGAGAUUUAUUUUGCUGUUUUAAAGCUAAUUUCCUGCAAUUAUAUGCAUUCUUCCAUGUCUUAUGUAUGUUUAUGUGAUACCGAGGUCGAAGCCCGACCGAGUAAAAAUAUGAAUACAAAUCUUGUAAACCUGAUGUAGAUGCUAACCAAUCAAUCAAACAUAGGUGUAAACAGAAAACACUCUCCUGAGAAUGCUGCUUUGCAGCCAUUUAAAUGCACGUCAUCUUGUUUGGUUGGGAGUGGGAGCUCAGUGAGGAAUAAUUGUACAAAGACAUACUUGGUCAUGCCCCCCAAAAAUAUAUCAUUUAUUGAUGCUGCCCUGGGCUCUGAAUUAUUUAAUUCAGUUUAGUUUCCAUCUCCUUCUCCAAGACCUGCUAAAAGUUUAAUGCUUCAUCACUGUUGAAUUUCUUUGAUUCUCAGACGGUCUUCAGACUCUGUGUCACUCAAGUUCUAUUCUCCUCUGAAACUUCUUUAGCUGUCCCUUUGAUUUCCUUUUCUACCACUGUCCUAUUUAAGCACUUUGUUACAUUGUUUUCAGGUUUGCAAUCUCACAAUUUCUCUCAAUCCUUCUCUCUCUUCUCUCUCUCUGUCUCAUGUUUAGAACCUGCCCAAAGGAGCUGAACAUGUUGGCUCCCUCAAACUCUCCUAUAUCUCCAAGGUCAGUCAAGUUGUCCAAUUAUAUCCUGUCUGACAGACACAGACAUGGCAAACCACAGUCUUAGGUGUGAACAUCCACUGUUUCCCCUAGUUUUUUAUUUAUUUGGUGGUGGCAACAGUCGUGGGGAGGGGUGGGGGUAGUAAUGGCCGUGGUCAGCCCAUUGGCGAAGUUGAAAUAAGUCCGGAUUUGGUGGCAGAGAGAAAAAUUUGCAGUUUUUCAGUUCAUUUCCUAUACUUCUAUAAAUGUUUCCAUGGAGCGGAUACAUUUUUUUUUAGUUUGAAAGCAAAUUGGGGCACCUGGGCAUGUGCCCUGCGUGCCCUGUCAGUAAUCCAGCCAUGACAAAAAUACUCCUAAAUUCUUAUUUAUUUUUAAUUCUCCUUGACUGUCUAGCUUUUAUUUAUGGGGUUUUAUAGUUCUUAAAGAUUAUAUUAUUAAACAAUAUAUAGGUAUAUAUAUAUUCUACAUACUUUCUGUUUAGUCAUUUAAGGUUACACUGAAAUUGUUUUUCUAUCCUGAAAAUAAAUAACAGCGGUGGUGUGCAUUUAGCAGCGAUCGGGUGCCGCUGAUAAAUGCAUAUAGGGGAAACAUUAACAUCUGGCCCACUUUCACUCAUUGUCUUCCUCUCUCUCUAUCACGCUCUCUCCUAGGUGAGUGAUGCCACUAAACUGCGACCAAAGGCAGAGUUCUGCUUCGGUAAGUCCUACAACCUCUGAAUUUGAUACAGUGAUCCAAGAACCAAAAGUUUGCGACACUUGAUGGUGGUUUAUAUGUGUAUGAGUACUGCAUGUUUUGGCUAGUGCAGUGGUAAGUAUUGUCUCUUAAGGUUGGCACUGGUUGGUGGCAUUGUGCUGUCUGAGGGGGCUGUGAAGGAGGAAGCAGUGGGGGGCACUGGGGAGGGAGCGUUGGCGGGUUGGGGGUAGGCUUGUAGCAAGGAGACCCCUGACCUUCAGCUAUUGUUCAUCAACGUAGAACGGACAGACAAACUGUAGGGGGCUUUGUCAACUCAUCCCCAGGGGAUUCAAACGAGAAACCAGGGCCUCUUAACGUGUGCUUUACACGCACACACACACACACAAACACACACACACACAAUACUUGGUGUCUUCAGUGUCAUUCUCUCAGGGCCCCUUCAUACUAAUUGGACUAGAAUUAGAUUGUUCACUAAGGUGGAUGAGGUAAGCCCCCCCCCCCCCCUCCCGUCUCGUCUCCAUACAGCUCAUAGAUGGUAGCCAGUAAAUGCACUGCUCACCUGUCCCCUCCUUACACAGUCUCCCUUUCCCUACCCUCCUCCCUCCCUACGUUGCGGGGGUUUGGAUGGGACAGUUUCCUAUAUGACUUGCUGUUGUUCAACAGGCCGUUUGUCCCUCAGCGGCCCCAGUCAGGAGUAUAGCUCCCCCACACUCAAUAGAAGGAAGCGGUAGGAUGACCCGCCGGUGACCGCAAAGCGCUGGCUCGACCCAAGCAUGUCAUUGGAUGAGGGGAGUGUCAGGGUUGGGCGGCGGUAGGGGGGUCUCGCGCUUUCCUAUUUUUUGCCUAGUUAUUUGCAUGAUCCAGAUCCACUUUUGGAUUCCUCCCCCAAUAGUCCCAUCAAUCUAUUCCGCCACUACACAGCUUCGUGUUGUGACUGCAGUCUCAGGACUAGCUACCUGAAUGUCGAGGUUAACCUACCUCAGCCCUGACUGAGUCUAACAUAUGGCCCUGUGUGUGUGUGUGUGUGUGUGUGCGUGUGCAUUUGUGUGUGGGUUGAUGUGCUCUGGUGAAGCAUUGUGAGGCGCAUAGAGAAACUGAGACAUUGAGUGGGAAGGUGGAAGACAGAUAUGAGUGUACAAAACACUAGGAACACAUGGUCUUUCCAUGACAUAGACUGACCAGGUGGUUCCAGGUUAAUGCCAUGAUCCCUUAUUGAUGUUACUUGAUAAAUCCACUUCAAUUCAAAUGGCUGUGAUAGGAGAAAACUGAGGAUGGAUCAACAACAUUGUAGUUACUCCACAAUACUAACCUAAUUGACAAAGUGAAAAGAAGGAAGUCUGUACGGAAUAAAAAUAUUGCAAAACAUGCAUCCUGUUUGCAAUAGCACACUAAAGUAAUACUGCAAAAAAUUUGGCUAAGAAAUUGACUUUUUUGUCCCGAAUACAAAGAAAUUUGUUUUGGGGAAAAUCCAACACAACACAUCACUGUGUACCACUCUUCAUAUUUUCAAUCAUGGUGGUGGCUGCAUCAUGUUAUGGAUAUGCUCGUCAUCGGCAAGGACUAGGUCAUUUUUUUGGAUAAAAAUAAACGGAAUAGAGCUAAGCACAGGCAAAAUCCUAGAGGAAAACCUGGUUCAGUCUGCUUUCCAACAUAUACUGGAAGACAAAUUCCCCUUUCAGCAGGACAAUAACCUAAAACUCAAGACCAAAUAUACACUGGAAUUGCUUACCAAGACGACAUUGAAUGUUCCUUAGUGGCCUAGAUGCAGUUUUGACUUAAAUCGGCUUGAAAAUCUAUGGCAAGACUUGAAAAUGGCUGUCUUGCAAUGAUCAACAACCAACUUGACAGAGCUUGAAGAGUUUAAAAAAGAAUCAUGUGCAAAUAUUGUACAAUCCAGGUGUUCAAAGCUCUUAGAGAGCUGCCAAAGGUGAUUCUAACAUGUAUUGACUCAGGGGGUUGAAAACAUAUCUAAUCAAGAUAUUAGUUUUUUAUUUUCCAUUAAUCUUUUAAAAUAAUUAUAAUUUUUCUUCCACUUUGACAUUAGAGUAUUUUGUGUAGAUCGUUGAAGAAAAAAAAAUACUAUUAAGUCCAUUUUAAUCCCAAUUUGUAACACAACAAAAUGUGGAAAAAGUAAAGGGGUGUAUCACUUCAGUAUCACUGCACAUUGUAAAUAUGGUACUCGAACUGACUGACCCUGUAUAAUAUAGUAUCCUUACUUACUUUUUUCUUAUGUUAUUUUUAGUAUUACAUUGUUAUUGAUUACUGCAUUGUUCGGUUUAGAGUUUGCAGGAAAGCAUUUCACUGUACUUGUGCACGUGACAUUAACACUUGAAACUUGAAUGCUUUCUGAAGGCAUGGGCGAGAGGGCCACAUUUCACGUAUUUGUCCACUUUGGGGUGGCAAAGUCGAAUAAUGAUUUUCAUUAAGGUCCAUGUCUAUGGGAUAUAUUUUGGUAUGAUAGCCAUUUAUCGGAGGUAGCUAAAUGUGGAGGUAGCUAAAAUCUCUGCAUUAUGUUAUGACCCUUAGUUGGGCCAACAGGAUCAGGGUAAGAAAUGCAAUAUUGUAUUAUCAGGGAACAAUCUUCUCAAACUAAGGCAAUCUGAUAUGUUAUUAACUUCAUAAUUCAACUCAUAUUAAGGUAUGAAACAACUGGAAUGGUAAUGACAUCUCUAUGGGCCCACCUUGGGGGGUCAAAGGUCAUACCAAAGGUCAUACAUGUAUGCAUUUUGGGGUAUAUUGAGCCAGAAUGGACACUAUUGGGAUGUGCUCUAUUAACAAAUGGUACCCUAGAUGAUAACUACACCAAAUUUCACACAGAAAUGGAGACCCAUUGGGGAAGUAAUUUUUUGCUAUAUAGAGUCAUCAACGAUUUUGUCUAUAAUCAGUCCCAGCAGCCUAUUUUCAAGAUGGCAGCCAUUCAUUUCAAUGGGAAGGAACUGCAUAAAUAAUUGGUGUAAUAAGACCAAUAAUGGCUUAACAUGUGUUACAAUGAGGACAACCCAAAAUGAUGGCCCAAACAUGUCAGUUAUAUGUAUUUAGCCAAAUAUUACCAGAAUUGUGGUACAAAUAUGCCAAAAAAGCUGUCCGAAAUAGUUUUGUAGAUGUUUCAAAUACACUGAGUGUACGAAACAUCAAGAAAUGUGAUGUGAAACCUGCCCUGUGCAUUGCACCCUAGAUAAAAUCCCAUAGGAAUGCAUUAUGUACAGGUAACCCAUUUUCGCAAAAUACCUUCAUAAUGAGUGCACCAAACUCUACAUAAAGCUAGGAAAAGUCUAAACAGUGAUGCCUAGCUAUUGCUGAUUUAACAAUAGGGUACACAACUCUGCCUAGGUCAGCAUCCCGGAGUCGCCUCUUCACUGUUGAUGUUGAGACUGGUGUUUUGCAGGUACUAUUUAAUGAAGCUGCCAGUUGAGGACCUGUGAGGCGUCUGUUUCUCAACCUAGACACUCUAAUGUAUUUGUCCUCUUGCUCAGUUGUGCACCGGGGCCUCCCACUCCUCUUUCUAUUCUGGUUAGAGCCAGUUUGCGCUGUUCUGUGAAGGGAGAAGUACACAGCGUUGUACAAGAUCUUCAGUUUCUUGGCAAUUUCUCGCAUGGAAUAGCCUUCAUUUCUCAGAACAAGAAUAGACUGACGAGUUUCAGAAGAAAGUUAUUUGUUUCUGGCCAUUUUGAUCCUGUUAUCGAACCCACAAUUGCUGAUGCUCCAGAUACUCAACUAGUCUCAAGAAGGCCAGUUUUAUUGCUUCUUUAAUCAGCACAACAGUUUUCAGCAGUGCUAACAUAAUUGCAAAAGGGUUUUCUAAUGAUCAAUUAGCCUUUUUAAAAUGAUAAACUUGGAUUAGCAAACACAACGUGCCAUUGGAACACAGGACUGAUGGUUGCUGAUAAUGGGCCUCUGUAUGCCUAUUUAGAUAUUCCAUAAAAAAUCAGCCGUUUCCAGCUACAAUAGCCAUUUACAACAUUAACAAUGUCUACACUGUAUUUCUGAUCAAUUUGAUGUUAUUUUAAUGGACAAAGAAAAUGCUUUUCUUUCGAAAACAAGGACAUUUCUAAGUGACCCCAAACUUUUGAACGGUAGUGUAUAUUAUAGUUAUGCAGUUAACACAACCAAUUUAGCCAGGUUUGCAAAAUAUAUAAUCUUUGUAAAAUAUUAGCAAAAUUGUUCCUAAAAUGUGCCCAAAACUCUGUUUUUAGUCCGUAUUUACAUCCCUAAUUUCUAUAUUUUAUUUUAUUUUCAAGUAAUUAGCAAUGGAUCUAUAAUAUUAAUAAAGGGUCUUUCACUGGUUUGUAGUGAUUAUAAUGAUAUACAAUAUUAUUCCAUAUUGUUAAAUAUAAAUCUGUCUUCAAUCCUGUCAUAUACACUGCAUUCCAACAUAACAUUCUAGCAAACCGCCUGAUGAUGAGGCCAUCAACUUACAUAGCUGGUGAGGUGUUAAAGCCUUAGGUUUAUAGCCUUUAUAGAUGGUGUCUAGUUACACUGUUUAUGGAAAAUAGUAUAUUUUAUUAUAGGGCCACUGAAAUAUGUAUUGAUUAGUUGCUGCUGGGGGUUGUCGAGGGCAUCAGCAAUGGUCCAAUUGCUAAAAGGCUGGAUUUUUUCUAAUCACCAAUUGCAUAAUUUCUAUUAAAUUUGUUAACCAGCCACUGAACUAAUGGCUACAAAAUGAUUAGGUAACAUAUUUCAUUAAAUAACUUGUAAGGUUAGAGAGCAUCAUUUAAAAAUCAUGAUAGUCAGGGACAGAAGAGAUUAUAAUUGCCAAUGUUCCUUUUUAGAGAUCAUUUAUGUUUACCUAAAUCUUUGUGUUAACUUGAUGGGAUAACUCAACAAAUGACAGAGCACACCUUUAACAUGCUGGCCAUUGCUAUACAACAGACUAUUACACAUGGCAACUAUAAAACUAAUAUUCUACCAGAUUUGGAUCACUUGGACUUGUAUUAUUUCUCAGUAUGACGAAUUUCCCUAAAACAAUUACGUAGUUCUGCUUUUUGUAACAUUAUUGCUUCAAUGAUGAGUCAGUCUAGGUAGAUCAUUAGAUCUGAUGGCAAAUAUUUACCAAAUUCCAUGGUUUUUAAGAUGUGAAUCACCCAAUACAAUGUUCCAUUGUUGUUUGAAACGGUCAUUUUCAAUGGAAAUGUUUACAUUCCAACUUGUCUCAACAUUCCUUUAUCAGCCUGUGAGCAUUCUAUUGCAUAGACUCCCAUACAACAAGAUAUAGAAAAGUGUGAAAAACUAAAAAAGUGAAUAUUUUGGAGUGGCUAUCAUAUUUGAAUACCAUCAAACAUUUUUAUGCUGGCCCAUGGACUAAUAGGUUGCUAUUUGGGAUGCAUAGAAAGUUCUCUCUGGAUUCUGAACUUGGGAUUCAGUCGAGCACUGUAAACAGCAUUAUAUUCUCUGAGUGUCAGACUAGUUGAAAUAUGUUACAGAGAUGCAUAGUUCAACUCUCCCAAUGGGCCUAACUGACAGAACUGCUACUGUUCCCUUUUUGAAAACUGACCGCAAAUCUCUCUCUCUCUCUCUCUCUCUCUCUCUCUAUUACCCUCUAUUUCUCCCUCCCUCCUUUAUCUCUCUCUCUCUCUCUCUCUCUCUCUCUCUCUCUCUCUCUCUCUCUCUCUCUCUCUCUCUCUCUCUCUCACUCUCACUCUCACUCUCACUCUCACUCUCACUCUCUCCCUCUCUCUCUCUCCCAAGUCAUCAAUGCCGGUAUGAGGAAGUUCUACCUCCAGGCCAAUGAUCAGCAGGAUCUGGUAGAGUGGGUCAACGUGCUCAACAACGCCACCAAGAUCACAGUGAGUGCCCUGCCCCAUCACCUGUAGCACUUUGUCACAACCCAUACAGUGCCACCUCCUGUAGUACAAGACUGUUUCCAUCUCAACCCCUCUGGAAAGGAUCUGUUAUUCAGAAUGAGGAUGUGUUAUCCCAUUUCAGCUAGCGUGAGUAGAAGUUUAUAGAAUAAGAAGGGUGUGAUGGAGGAGGAUGACAAGACAGGGCAUACCUCGCAUGUGUCUACUGUCAAGUCAGCAGGGGAGAGAAAUACAUUAUGAAACGCUCAUUGCACACAGUGUUAUGGUCUGCUGGGUCCAGGAGCCCAUGUCUGUCUCCUAGAAGGCAUCCAAACCCCUCUGGACAGGGGAUCAUUUCCCUUAGUGCAUCACCGAGGGACAGAACAGCGAGAGUGGCUUACUCUGCUCCUCUCCCUCCCCUCUGACUAGCCGUCGCAUACAUAAUAAUAAGCAUACAUGCAUGCACACAUACACACAUACACACAGACGCAUGCAAGCAAACACAGGCAGGCACGUACACACACACACUUGCCUUGCACAAACACACGCACAUAGGCACGCAUGCACACACACACACACACACACACACACACACACACACACACACACACACACACACAGACCAGAGAAGGCAGGACAAAGGGGAAUGCGAGUGUUGUGAGUCAUGGACUGUCUCUACAGAUUUGAGGGCUUCUGAAAAUAACGCUCUCCCUUUGAAAAGGCAGUGCAGGGACAGAACAGAACUGUGUGCCUAUGGAUCAGCUUUCACAAAGAUUCAGUGGAGAGGAUGUUUCACUCCAAUGCCUCUUCAACCACAUCCAUGUAUGGGGAAGGGACUGGGCGUUGAGUAUAUUAACGUAAUAAUAAACUUUAUAAUAAAUUCACGGUACGCAUAGUUUGAAGAGACUUCAAUACAGUGUUGUAGUCUUUAUUGAGUUAUAUCCUGCUGCUGACAGACUAAAAAACAGUCUCACUGUUACACAACAAGGUCCCAUACACAAACACACACACACUGUCGGGCAUACAGGGGGCCCUACUACACACACACUCCAUAUAUUGUGCCACACACUGCUAUUAAUAGACAGAUGGCUGUCAAUGUUUGACUGUGUAUGUGUGCACUGGAGUGUGAGCCCUGGCCUUAGCAGGAGCACUAGUGGGGGGGGGAUGCCUGCGGGCUACACACACACACACACACACACACACAUCAAUCAAUGACCACAGUGUAGCAGUGGCUCUCUGAAGCCCCCAGGCUAGAGUUGAUGGAAAAUACACUAACAAGCAGGCAGGGAGUACAUCAUAUCACUACAGAGACUGCAGAGGGACACAUCUAACAAGGUAUUCGAGCAUGUUGUCCACUCUGCUGGUCCUGGACUCCUGGCUCCUGAUGCACUCUGGGAGUUGAUGUUUAUUUAAAGUGGCGCAGUGGUCUAAGGCACUGUAUCACAGCAGUGCUAGCUGUGCCACUAGAGAUCCUGGUUCGAAUCCAGGCUCUGUUGUAGCCGGCCGCGACCGGGAGACCCAUGGGGCGGCACCCAGCGUCGUCCAGGGUAUGGGAGGGAAUGGCCGGCAGGGAUGUAGCUGAGUUGGUAGAGCAUGGCGUUUGCAACGCCAGGGUUGUGGGUUCGAUUCCCACGGGGGGCCAGUAUGAUUUUUUUUAAAAUAAUGUAUGCACUCACUAACUGUAAGUCGCUUCAUGGGUAUGACGCUACAAGCUUGGCACACCUGUAUUUGGAGAGCUCUGGAUAAGAGCGUCUGCUAAAUGACUAAAAUGUAAAUGUAAUAUUCCAGGUGCCAAAGUCGGGGGAUGGCCAGCCCAGUGCAGAGAUGCCUCAGGAGGUGCUGGGUGCCAUGAAGCAGAUCUCCUAUAAGACCGAGAUCAUAGGAGGGGUACCCAUCAUCACUGCCACACAGGUAAGGAAGGAUCACCAGUCUGGCCCAGCAAUUAACGAACCCUAACCUUGCCCACUCAUAUGAACAUGAGUAGGGUUGCAAAAAUUCAAGUAACUUUAAUAAAAUUAUAAUGUUUUCCAAAAGUCCCGGUUGGAAUAUUCCUGGAAUCAAGAAGGAAUAAGCAGGAUAUCCAGGAUUCCUUCACCCAGGAUUUCUGGAAAAAGUGGGACAUUUCUGGAAUUUUGGGAGAGUUACCGAAAAUGUGCAAUCCUAAACAGAAGGUCAUCUGCUCAGUUGUGGCUUGGAACAGUUCAGUCAAAUCUGUCAAGUGUGGUUUCGGACAGUUACAAGUAACUUGAUUUCAGCCAUGUUAACCAGGUAAAUACAGUGCAUUUGGAAAGUAUUCAGACCCCUUGACUUUUUCCACAUAGUGUUACGUUACAGCCUUAUUCUAAAAUGGAUUACAUUUUUCCCCCUCAUCAAUCUACACACAAUACCCCAUAAUGACAAAGCAAAAACAGGUUGUUAUACAUUUUUGCAAAUGUAUAAAAAAAACAGAAAUAUUACAUUUACAUAAGUAUUCAGACCCUUUCAUCAGUACUAUGUUGAAGCACCUUUGGCAGCGAUUACAGCCUCGAGUCUUCUUGGGUAUGACGUUACAAGCUUGGCACACCUGUAUUUGGAGAGUUUCUCCCAAUCUUCUCUGCAGAUCCUCUCAAGUUCUAUCAGGUUGGAUAGGAAGCGUCGCUGCACAGCUAUUUUCAGGUCUCUCCAGAGAUGUUCGAUCGGGUUCAAGUCCGGGCUCUGGCUGGGCCACUCAACGACAUUCAGAGACUUGUCCCGAAGCCACUCCUGCGUUGUCUUGGCUGUGUGCUUAGGUUCGUUGUCCUGUUGGAAGGUCAACCUUCGCCCCAGUCUGAGGUCCUGAGCGCUCUGGAGCAGGUUUUCAUCAAGGAUCUCUCUGUACUUUGCUCCGUUCUUCUUUCCCUCGAUCCUGGGAAAAGAAGUCCCUGCCGCUGAAAAACAUCCCCACAGCAUGAUGCUGCCACCACCAUGCUUCACCGUAGGGAAGGUAUUGGCCAGGUUAUGAGCUGUGCCUGGUUUUCUCCAGACGUGACGCUUGGCAUUCAGGCCAAAGAGUUCAAUCUUGGUUUUAUCAGACCACAGAAUCUUGUUUCUCAUGGUCUGAAGAGUCCUUUAGGUGCCUUUUGGCAAACUCCAAGCGGGCUGUCAUGUGCCUUUUACUGAGGAGUUGCUUCCGUCUGGCCACUCUACCAUAAAGGCCUGAUUGCUGGAGUGCUGCAGAGAUGGUUUUCUUUCUAGAAUGUUCUCCCAUCUCCACAGAGGAACUCUGGAGCUCUAUCAGAGUGACCAUCGGGUUCUUGGUCACCUCCCUAAUCAAGGCCUUUCUCCACCGAUUGCUCAGUUUGGCCGUGCGGCCAGCUCUAGGAAGAGUCUUGGUGGUUCCAAACAUCUUCUAUUUAAGAAUGAUGGAGGCCACUGUGUUCUUGGGGACCUUCAAUGCUGCCGAAAUCUGUGCCUCGACACAAUCCUGUCUCGGAGCUCUAUGGACAAUUCCUUCGACCUCAUGGCUUGGUUUUUGCUCAGACAUGCACUGUCAACUGUGGGACCUUAUAUAGGCAGGUGUGUGCCUUUCCAAAUCAUGUCCAAUCAAUUGAAUGUACCACAGGUGGACGUAGUCAAGUUGUAGAAACAUCUCAAGGAUGAUCAAUGGAAACAGGAUGCACCUGAGCACAAUUUCGAGUCUCAUAGCAAAGGGUCUGAAUACUUAUGUAAAUAAGGUGUAUAUAUUGGAAAUUUGCAAACAUUUCUAAAACCUUUUGUCACUUUGUCAUUAUGGGAUAUUGUGUGUAGAUUGAUGAGGAUUUUUUAAAUGUUUUAAUCCAUUUUAGAAUAAGGCUGUAACGUAACAAAAUGUGGAAAAGGUCAAGGGGUCUGAAUACUUUCCGAAUGCACUGUAAAUAGAUGGUCUGUCUGAAAGUGUCCAUGGAUCAGGCCAUCUGCUAGCUAGACAGACAGUGACAGACAUUUAAUAUAAUGUUCCACUGACUGAGGUUUGUUUUCUGGUAUGUAUGAGCCAUGAGCAGUUCAAGUCAUAUCCUGUCUUGUGCUGGUAGCUGGUGUGUAGCCAGUCAAUAGUAGCUGAAAGUGAAAAUUCACAUCCAGAUGCACAAGCUAUGGUCUAUGAUGUCACUUCCUGUGUGGGUGGUGGCGGUGCAUCGGGCCUCAAAAGUUGGCCUCAACUUCUGCUUGACACAUGAAACAGGCAGUUAAUUCUCUCAUUAUUGAUUGCUGUUAACACACAUCUCUAGUCACUGGAGAUGUAGUGGGGGGCUUUUCCCACACACAUCUGAUUCUGUGUGUGUGUGUGUGUCUGUUUGUGUGUGUGUGUCUGUGUGUGUGUGUCUGUGCGUUGGCGUGCCUGAUUGCUUGUGCAUGUGCGUAUUAUCAUUAUUAUUAUAUUAACUUUUAUUUAGUCAUGGGAAAUGGUGCCCUGAGCUCCUUUUUUUUAAAAGGAUACCCCCGCGCGUAUGUUCAUACUUCGUACACUUAUGUGUGUGUGUCCUCCCUCUUCCCCUGUGGUGCAGGAGCAGGGCAACGGGGGGCAGAACGGAGCAGACAGGGGGAACCUGCGGAAGGCCCACAGCCAGCUGCCCUACCUCCUGGGGCGGGGGGCACAGGACCAGGCUCUCAUCAAGGCUGGAUACUGUGUCAAGCAGGGAGCUGUGGUAGGUAGACAGUAGAGGAGGACUCUCUCUCGGGGGAGGGGCGAGAGUGCUGUUGUAGCAGCCUACACUCAGACCAUGGACGUAUUCAUAAAGGAAUGCAGUGGAAAACAUUUUGCACAGAAAAUGAAAAUGAGUGUUUCUUAUUGGACAAGUCCAGGUAGUCGCUCCCUGUUUCUGUCCAUUUUCCUCUGUGUGGUACCUAAUGAAUACACCACAGGCUCAGAGAUAUUCUCUGUCAGCUACAAGCAUUUAAUACUACCAGCGCUGUGUGUUUGUUGUUGUGUAGGAUUAUGAUGAGUUAGAAAGCAGUGGGAUUCUGACCAGAUGUUUGGGACACAAAGCCAGGGUGCUGAGGGUGAAUUAUAUCCCUCAUUGUUGUCCUGCCGUUAACCUACUGUACCUUCUCUUAUCUCCUAUAAAUAGACCAUAUUAACCACAGUAAUCCAGCCAUUCUAAAGCAAGCAGUGGUCCUAUACAAUAUCAGAAUAGCUAUCAAUUAGCCACAUUCUUUGCAAGUCAAUGGAUUUGGAGGUGCUGGAAAUGUUGCUAGCCAAUUGUAUAUGGCUUUCAAAUGUUUUCCUUUCUCUUCCGCAGAUGAAAAACUGGAAGAGGAGAUACUUCUUACUGGAGGAGAACGCGGUCAGCUACUUUAAGUCAGACCUGGUGAGUGGGAUUCUCUCUCCUCUCCAUCUCUGCGACUGUGAGCGAGGUGACACACUCUCCACAUAAAAUGUCCUUGAGCCGCCCACCCGCCUGCCCCAACACACACACACACACACACACACACACAAUACAAUACAAAGGAGCUGUGUGACCCCAUUGGCCAGCAGUUCGUCUUUGUGUUGCACCUGUGUUUCACAGACCCCUAGAGCCCUGGACAGACAGACACACACACACACACACACACACACACACACACACACACACACACACACACACAUCAGAUAAGAGCUGACUCCAGGCCUGUGCAUUGUUCACGGCUCCCAAAGCUCUUGGCACAGCUACUAAUAAAUAGGACUUCCAAAUCGACAAGCCUGGUUUUGAUUUCUCCUCUAUGAGGGAAAGGUUAGAUUCUUAGCAUUCAUAUUCUGUGCUGUGGCUAAAUGACUGCUAGAUUGUUGAUAGAUCUGUUUGUCCCUCUCACGUUCUGCACCUCCUCUCUCAUGAUCUGAGAGGUAGAGAACAAGUUCAGACAAGAGGGACAAGUUGUCUGCCUCUUUUCCUCCGUUAGGAGUGGUUAGUGUGCUGCUGCAGUGGAAUUAGCUUGUCUCCCAUUGGCCCUAACACUGGGCCUGAGUGUGUACUCUCUGUCCAGACCACUUCAUCUCUCCAUCCUCUCCUACUAAAAUGCCAUUAAUGCCUCUAUCCCAUUGCCAAAGACAUGCAGAGAUACGUCUCUUAUAGAGAUAAUGAUGGGGUUGAGCUAUUGAUUGUCCCUGGGCUUGCAACGUCAACAUAUCCAGACAAGCUCAUUAACACACCCACACCUAUUUUGAUGCCCUACUGUAAUCUCAUAGUGUGUGUGUGGUUAUAGGGGGACGGGGGUAUUACCUUUGGGGAUUGUUGUCUCAGCACGUUGUGAAUUCCAUUCCUGGUGCUCCACGUGUAGACAGAGUAGCAUGUCCCAGCCUGUGUUCUUGUGUGUGUGGGUGCGUGCUUCGGCAUUCGUGUUUGUGUGCUGCCUUGGCACUCUCUGCCAGAGUCUCUGGGGGCUUGCCCUGUGUAACACUACCCUCCACACUCCUGCUUAGUGGUUUAGCAAGAUGGGAAAGAAUUGCGUACAAUUAAAGACUCGACCUGUGUCUCCGUCACAAGGCAAUUAUCUACCCCAGGAUCAGACCCGGGCCCCCUUCUCCGCUGCCUUUUCCCCCUUUAUUAGGCUUCACUCUGCAGCUUUGAGCUGUGUGUGUGUGGGUGAAUGGAUGGGUGGUUGGCAGCAGGUGGGCAGGGAUCCUGUUAUGUUCCUAAUAAUAUAGCAUAAUGUCAAUGAGAGCCUAUUGUCAAUAAUCAUAUGCUUAAUCCUAGAACCUUUAGCAGAUGGGGAAAAUGAGGCAAGUCCUCAGUUUAGUCCUACAGUGGAUGCAUUUUUGUCCCAUAGCUUCAUUCUAGGCCUGUGAUAGCUGUUGUCCAGGGUGUUACGUGCAGCUUGCUGAUGCUGAGCCUCUCUAAAAAGCAAGCGUGACGAAACGCCCUGGAUCAGAGCUAGGCCUGUGAGUACUCCCCUCCUACCCUCUCAGCCUGUCCUCUCUAUUCAAGGCACAUCAGGAACUAGCUCUGGUGCUGUCACGUUACAUUAGCCUUAGGCUUCACUUUGUGUUUUGUUUAUGUCAUGUUGCUUGUGUCGAAUUAAUUAUAUAUUGUGAUGGUGUAACAUGUUCUGUGGCUAUCUCCUCUUUUCUCUCACACUUUCUUUCUUUCUCUCUGUCUUUCUUUCUUUCGCUGUCUUUCUUUGUCUUUCUCUCUUUCUUUCUUUCUCUCUCUUUCUCUUAGGAGAGAGAGCCACUGCGUGUAAUCCCGCUGAAAGAGGUUCACAAAGUUCAGGAGUGCAAGCAGAGGUCAGUGUCUUUUACUCUUUAGUCACUGAGCUAGACAGAUUGGCUAUUGACACUGGCAGACCAAGUGCCAAGGUGAUAGGGCUGGGAGGGAGACGUGGGCUGUGUCCCAAAUGGCACCCUAUUCCCUAUUUGGUGCACUGCUUUUGACCAGGGACAAUAUACACUAUAUAGGGAACAGCGUGCCAUUUGGGACGCAGACAUGGCUGACAACUGUAGCGUCCUCACAGAUAAGAAAAGUAAAUGUUGGAUAUGGACUCACAGAAUUGGCUUACUGUCGUCAUUCGAUGGCGAUGCACUCUCUUACAUUCACACCCAGUGAUUUACGUUACUGGAUGUUUGAAUAUGAAUGAAAGUGUUGUCAUCUCUUUCCAUCCAGUGACUUAAUGCAGAGGGACAAUCUAUUUGAAGUGGUCACUAGCUCAAGGACCUUUUACAUACAGGUGAGACAAUUUCUUUCUCCAGAUAAUGUCUGAAUAUAUUGACUGAAUUCCCUUGAAGAGAUACAGUAACUGUCCAUUGCCAUUGGCACACAGUAACCUAUUCCUCUCUCUCUGUUUUCUUUGUGACCCCUCUUCCUUCCUCUGUAGUCGGACAGUCCAGAGGAGAUGCACAGCUGGAUCAAGGCCAUCUCAGGAGCCAUUGUGGCCCAGCGGGGGCCUGGACGCUCAGCUGCCUCUGUACGUAUGCAGUUCCUGCAUACUGGCUCUGUAUGGGACCCACAGGGUGUCAAAACGUUCAACACUUUAGUUCCAGCCAAGUAUUACAUAACACACCUGGUUCAACUAACCAAGGGCUUGGUGGUUAGUUGGAUCAGGUGUGUUUGUGCUGGGCUAGAAUAAAAGCCUGCACGUUCUGUGUGUGCCCAGGAAGGGUAUUGGAGAUCUCUGCUCUGAGGGGGAGAAACUUUACUGUCUCUGCAGGAAACCAUAUUUUAUCGAAAUAUCAAAUCAAAAUCAAAUCAAAUCAAAUUUUAUUGGCCACAUGCGCCGAAUACAACAGGUGCAGACAUUACAGUGAAAUGCUUACUUACAGCCCUUAACCAACAGUGCAUUUAUUUUUAAUAAAAAAGUAGAAUAAAACAACAAAAAAGUGUUGAGAAAAAAAGAGCAGAAGUAAAAUAAAAUAACAGUAGGGAGGCAAUAUAUACAGGGGGGUACCGGUGCAGAGUCAAUGUGCGGGGGCACCGGCUAGUUGAGGUAGUUGAAGUAAUAUGUACAUGUGGGUAGAGUGACUAUGCAUAAAUAAUUAACAGAGUAGCAGCAGCGUAAAAAGAUGGGGUGGGGGGGCAGUGCAAAUAGUCUGGGUAGCCAUGAUUAGCUGUUCAGGAGUCUUGUGGCUUGGGGGUAGAAGCUGUUGAGAAGUCUUUUGGACCUAGACUUGGCACUCCGGUACCGCUUGCCGUGCGGUAGCAGAGAGAACAGUCUAUGACUAGGGUGGCUGGAGUCUUUGACAAUUUUGAGGGCCUUCCUCUGACACCGCCUGGUAUAGAGGUCCUGGAUGGCUAGAAUGUCUCUAGUUUGUAGAUAAUCUGUUUCUGGCUGUUUGGAAUUUAAACCAUUCACCCACCCACCACCCCAGUUUAGAAACUGGACAUCACAGUUGGAUUUCUAUACCUGUGUGCCACCGUGAUUUUCAUUUUUUUUGUUGGUUUCCAUGUUCGUAUAUUUGCAUUGACAUACUGUAGGUGUAGCUUACACUACAGUACACAAGGCAGUAUUCUAUCUCUACUCAACCAGGUGAUGCUGCGAGAUACCCCACCUCAAACCGUAACCGACGGUCACCUUGGAACACACACACACGCACAGAAUAGGAAACUCCACCGCCAAAUCCAGCCACUCUCCUGUUCUCUCUCCUCCCUGCCUCUCUCCCUCUCUCGGCCUCCCCCGUUCUCUCUCUCCUAACGAAGCUGUGCAUUACUGUGUUGUUGCAGAUGCGUCAGGCCCGUCGGCUGUCGAACCCUUGUAUACAGAGGUAUACAUUCCGCAAUGGUGAAUGCAGCACGUAUGUGAGCCCCCGUGUCAGUCAAGCAGCUUCCUCUCUGUUUCGCCAAGUAGUAGUCCUAGGUUGCAUCUGAAAUGUCAGCAUAUUCCUUAAAUUGUGCACUACUUUUGACCAGGGCCCAUAGGGAGGCUCUGGUCAAAACCUAUUUUCCCUAUAUAGUGUUCAUUUCGACCAGGGGAGCUCUGGUCAAAAGACGUGCACUAUAUAGGGAAUAGGGUGCCAUUUCAGAUGCAGCCCUAGUCUACUGUAGUGGAAUGAAGCUUUGAUGACUGCUUAUUCCCCUCUGAAACACCCAAGCAAGCCCAGUUACUAACUAGAUAAUAGAUAGACUUCCAUCUCAUGCUUGAGUGCUGAUCAUUAGCCCCGCCCCCCUUCUCCAUCCUAACUGUUCUGGACAGACAUCAUCUAAUCUGCCAUUGAUUGACCAGACUAACUCGACAAAUCCACAUGACCUCACUCCUCCUCCUUCCAGAGCUCAGUAUUGACUGGUCUGUUCUUGACUAGGCUUCUUGGAAAACUCCCUCUGGCAUCAGUGGUUUUCGAUACCUUCUUCCUCAACCGAUUUUAAUGCAUUUACAACACAUUUUGUGAUCUCCAGGUCCGUUUUUGGCAGUUUUUUCACAAUUCUGGUUGUGAACUGAGUUCCCGUUCCUUUAUACAGACAAUGAAAAAAUGAAAAGGGCCAUCUAUCUGGCCUCCAUGUGCAAGCAAAUAUUCCACAUAGAACCCACUUGCGUCACUGGGUUCCAAUGUAGCGUGGGAAGCUGUAGUACAGGAACCUGUAGCUGCUAUCUAGGCCUAAGGCUGGUGGUGCAUGUUCCCCCACCUCUCCUAGAAACACACACAGCAAUCCUCAAGGUUGACCAUUACAGUAUAUCUUCAUUCAUUCUUUCAUUCAUUCAUUGGCUUCAACAUCUUACACUUACCAACUUUGAGACUUUUUAACAUUUCCACAUUUCUUUUAGUCUCUAGUUACCCAUUUGGUUUGGGGAAAGUAUGUCUAGUAGUUUGAAGCCUUUCAUGCUCUCUAAUGACCCAGUAAUACUGUGAUUCUUGUCAACAUGUCCUCAUGCACCCCACCCCUUCAACACACACUUACGUUCUCAGAGUUCUACCCAUUUAUUCUGAUUUCUUUUCAUUCCUUAUUUUCUCGAAUCUCACCCUGUGUCACUUUUUCCACUUUUUCACUCCCUUGCUGGAACUCGCCAUUCCUCAACAGGUUUUUAGCUCGCUGUAACUGGUCAUCUUUUCGCUAACAUUUGGCCGUCUGUUUUCUUUGUUUUGUCUUUUGUCCCUGUCGUGUUUUUCAGAGAGUCAAAUGUGACAGUGAGGUACUAACAUUCCCCAAGUGAGCUCUACUGUACAUCCACUGUCUACUGUACCACCACUGUGUGUGCUGCCAUCCUCCUCCUUCAACUACAUCUGCUGCCUUAGUCUGCCGCUGCUUAUCUCCUGCUUCCUCCACUACUCCUCUUUGCACCAGCACCACUAUAGAUACUACUACUGCUUCUACUACUGCUGCUGCUGUCCUACCUCCCUUUGCCACCCUUUGUCACUGCCCCUGCUACAGCACUGUGACUGACCUGACUGACUCCCCUGCAUCCAGUGCUUCUGAAUCUGAAUGACUUUGUCCCCCUCCUACCUCCGUUCCCUCCCGUACACUCUGCAGGAGCACAGCGACCACUCCACCACCAACACCCCCUCCGCCUUCUACUGUAGCAGCAACCAGGGGGGACCCCCUCUCCCUCGCUCGCCCAUCCAGGCAGAGCUCCCCUACCCCCAGCCCCAGAGGGUCCCGGGCCCGGGCCCUGACCUGGAACAGCCAGGACUUCAUGGGCCUGCUGCCCUGGCGAGGCCACCAGGGGGCACCACCACGGCACCGCUCCCGCCUCUCUCUCCAGGAGACCCCUCGUCUGUCCAAGUGAGUGCCUCGUCCCAUUACCACACCAAAGCCCACCAGGAGGACCUGUCGCCAUGGAGACGGCGCAGCAAGGUAGAGGGCGACCAACCGGAACUCUCCUCCCUCAGCUUCGAGGACUCAGACCUGCAUGUCAGCCUGGUGUGAGCCUCUAACCCUGACCCCUCCGGUCUGGAUUCACACUGACAGAAAGGGGACUGGACACAGUGGACAGUCAUCAACAACGACAAGAGGAAAGCCAAUCAAACGUGACCAAAAUGGAGCUGAACCAAUCAGAGCCAACCUGGCCCUCAGGAAGACAGGAAGUGGUCCCUGGCUGUGACCGUUGAUCGUCUACUCUCCCCUGUUUCCAGACCCUCUCUUAACACAGCAAAUGGCGUGACUUUUCAGGGCAAGGAGAUGUCGUCAGAUUCUGUUUUAUUUCAGUCUUUUUCAUUAUUGAUAUUUCUGUUGGGUGUUGCUCUUUCUUUCUUGUUGUUGGUAUUGUAUGGUAUGAUUCCUGAACAUCCUCCCCUGUCCAUUGGCUCAAGAGGUUACAAGAGGUGGACUGGGUUGGCUACUCUGCUGAGAAACUCACUAAUCAUGUUUGUCAUUCUGUCCCACACCACUUCCUCCUCCCCGAAGUCACUUGAUUUACUGUUAUCAGGGUUGUUGGGACUACUAUAAAAAAGGGGCUAGAUGUUAUUUGUAUUCAUAGUUAUGUAAAUGAAAAAGGUUUAACUGUUGACAAUGAGACAACCCCACUCAUACAUAAAAACAUAAACGUGAGGUUUAGAUUUGUAUGUACUUUUAAGAUGUGAAAUAUAUUUGCUUUUAAGCUGACCGUUUAGUUUCUAUCCAAAGCAUGCUGUUGUUGAAGCACAUAAUGAAAUAUGGAACCAAAUCCUAAAGAUAACUUAUCAGAUGAAAAUCCCUGCAGCUUUCUUAUUUUCAGUUACGUUUUAGAGAGAAAGUGGGUGUUAUGUGUUAUAUUUCUGUUUUUAGUCAUCAUUCAGAUACAUAUGCUUUGAGUCCUUCUGUUCAUAUGAGAGUUACAACUGUUGUGUUUUAGACUCUCUCUCUCGCUCUCAUCAGUCACACACACACUGUCACACCUCUGUGUUUUGCCAAAUGAAGUUCUGCACUGUAUUGUAUGUGCCUGCCAAUGUUAGCAUGCAUUUGUAUAGAGACUUCUCCCUCAGGAGGACAUAUACAGUACAACACAUCUAUACGCCUCUGGGCAGGGCCUUUCAAUUGGCACUUUGUGGACUGUGGGCAGAUAAGCUGCCCACUGCCCUUGAUCUGUUUUAUGGGUGUUCCUUCGUGGUCCUCUUCUCUUUUCUACUGUACGACUAUUUUACUACUUUUCCAUAUGCUGUGACAGUUUGUGUGUCUGUGGGGAGGCAUACUGUGCUU